AUGAUCCACACCAACAAAUAUAAUUUUUCUUAAAAAGAUUUUGGCUACUCUGUUUGACUUAACCACAUUAUCACAGUAGGUAGUGUAAAUUUUCAAUUUUAUUUUGAUUUUUUUUAUUACAAUUUUGAAUUUAUUUAAGUUUUUCUUAGUUGUAUUUUUCUUUCUCAAUGAUUGGAUUUACCCGUGAGUGAAGUCUAAUAUUGAUUCGAUAUAAAUGUUUUGAAAUAAUCAAGUAGAUUAAUUGCGAUCAAUUCUCCGUGAACAAAAUGAAAAAACUUAAUAUUUGUGCACACUUACAGCACCAUUUUUAUAUACAACUUCUUUUAAUGGGUUUGUUUGAAACAAAAAAUGCCGCUUAAAAUUUUUACACCAGUGCAGUUGUAUUCAAGUAACUAGAAGAAAACUGCAUAAUGCCAAAAUGCGGAUUGCACACCAAAUAUUUUCCAGCGACAUUUGCAUGGAUACUGCUACUUGGAACAACUGGAUCUUUUUUCUAUUAUCCGUAAGUGAUAUUAUUAUUGAAAUUUGUUGUUUUCUUAUAUUCCUUAUUGUAUUUUAAACGUUUUUUUUAGAUGUCGAUUUUUUGCUCAAUUUUAUCCUUGGGUACCAAUUGUUCAUGGCGUUGUGACAUUUUUUGUUAUAGCAAAUUUCACAUUAGCUACAUUUAUGGACCCAGGGGUGAUACCUAAAGGUAUAUUCAUUUUGUCUCAUUAUUUUAAAUUAUAUUUUUAUAUCAAAAUUAUAAUUACAUUUUAGCACCAGAAGAUGAAGAUACUGGUGAUGAUUUCCAGUCACCACUGUAUAAGUCUACAGAAGUAAACACUAUACAAGUACGAAUGAAAUGGUGUUCCACAUGUAGAUUUUAUAGGCCACCAAGAUGUUCUCACUGUAGUGUAUGCAACUGUUGCAUAGAAGUAAGAUUAAUACAGUUAUUUGUGUAUUAAAGUUUUACUAUUUCUUUUAUUUAUAGACGUUUGAUCAUCAUUGCCCAUGGGUAAACAAUUGUAUUGGCCGCCGCAAUUAUCGCUAUUUCUUUUUUUUUCUUAUAUCACUAAGUAUACACAUGGCGUCUAUUUUUGGUGUUUGCUGUUGGUAUAUUUUAUAUCACAAGGAUAAAAUUGGAGACAUUGAUACUUUAGUAUCGUAUCCUUUUUUUUUUAUUAUAAAUUAUAAUAUUUAAGAUAUGAUAGUUAUAAUUUAAAUAUAUUUAACAGUUUUUAAAUUUUAAAACAGAUAUAAUUUAAAAAAUACAUUAUUUGUGAUCUUGUUUAGUAAUCUCAAAUAACUAAAAGUAAAUUUGACUAAAUAUCAAGUAUUAUUUCUCUAAGUUAAUUUUUCCUUUUCCUAUUUCACCAAAAUUGAUAAAAGAGGUACUAUUUUAAAAAUUAAGCUGUUUGUUUCUGAUAAAUUGUUAAUUCACAAUUUUAUAAAUUAUUAUUUUCACUUUUUAUUUUUAUUAUUUGUGGUUGAGAAUUUACUUUUAUUUAUUAGAUUAUAUGUACAAUAUAUUACAAGGCUUUGAACAAAACAAAACUUAUAUCCAUUUAACCUAAAUUGACUGUUAUAUAAAUCAAUACUAACUUGAAUAAAAAUCUUAGGAUAAAAAAAUAAUUAUUCAAAAUUCAUACUAUUUAUAUUGGUUUAACCAAAGCAAAAAAUGUGACAAAUUUGUAUUGAUUUACUGCGGGGAUGUCAAAUUUUUCUUUGUGGAGACUCACAAAACAGUUGUAUCUUGUUGAUCAUAAUAAAAACUGGAUAGUAUAAUUCAUGAUCAUCAAUAUAAACACGUUUUUUUAGAUGUAUUAAUGUUAAUUUAUUAUAUAAUCAAGAACCCUAACUAACACCAACAUUUGAAACCAAUAUUAACCGUAUAAAUGAAUAAUUAAUUUAGGUUCAUAGCCUUGAUUUAUACGUUACCAUGUUAGAAUUUUUUGGGAGUUUAUAAUGAAUCAUAAUUUUAUAAUCAUUUAUCUCCAAUUGAUAUUUGGUUAUUAGUUUUUAAUUAUACAUCUGUAAAGACGGUUUUUUUUUUCUACAAACUUAAUUGUUUUAUUUGAAGUUUAUUUUAACGCUUAUUUCAAUUAUGUAAUUUUUUAAUAUGAAAAAUAUUAUUUAUAUGAUUUUAUAGCUCAGAUCUUGUAUUAUUUGUAUUUUUUAUAUCAUUUUUCUUAAUUUAAUUAAUUUAUUAGAUUAACUUUAUGUGGAUUGGUAAUUAUUUUAUUUAUACCAAUAUUUGGUUUGACUGGUUUUCAUGCUGUAUUAGUAGCACGUGGUCGUACAACUAAUGAACAGGUUACUGGAAAGUUCAAAGGUGGAUACAAUCCAUUUUCACAUGGUUGCCGUUUGAACUGUAUAAUUAUUUUAUUUGGGCCUCAGUUUCCAAGGUAAGAAUUUUGAAUUUAGUUUAAUAUAAUAAUAAUUGUAUUUAUUAGUUUGUUAAAAGUGAAAACGUCCAAGUAUCAAAAACAUAAAAAACAAAUUCAGAACAGUUUCAAUAUUCCUCCACCAUUAUUGACUAAAGAAGAUAAUUGUGGGCCACCUGUUGCCAAAACCUAUUUGGACAAUAGUAAUGGAUUACAUCAUUCUUCAAAUACUUACAAUAAGGUUAGAAAGACUAAUAAUGCUUAAUUUUGCUCUAUUUGAUUAAGAAUUUUCUAAAUUUAACAUAAUUGUAUUACUAUUAUUAUUUUUCCCUGUAUAUUGACUCCGUAUUUAAUUUUAUAAUCCUUAUUUCAUCCUUCAAUUUAUUAAUAGUAAAUAGGAUAUUCAAUAAUAAACCACCCACCAGAAUUUUAUAUACUAUAUAAGUUGAUACUAAGGACAAUAUUUUAAAUUAUAAUAUACAUGUUUAAAUUUUUCAAUAGGAAUUCUUAUAAAUAAUACCAAUUAGAUUAUUAUAAUAUAUUUUACUAAUUACCUGGUAUUUCUCAGGCUUCAUCCCUUUAACAGUAAUCAAUAUAAAAAUUAAUUUGAUAAAAGCAAAAAUUAAAGGGUCUUCUGCAUCUUAAUAUAAAUUUUAAUGGGGACUAUUUUUUCUUAAUUCCAUCUCUAAAAACCUCCCUUGACUGAAAAAUUAACUACUUUUGUAACCCUAUUUAGGAGAAAUGAUUUUUUAUAACAUGUAUAAAUAAUGUUAAAGCUGAUAAAACCCAUCACAUCAUCAGUCUUACAUUUUAACUAUUUAUCUUUUAUAUAUCCUAUAGAGUUGGCAUUUAAAAGUUCAUGUGGUUAAAGAAAUGUGUAAUACAGCAACUUGUAUUGGGUAUAAUAAUUAACAUUAAUUAUAUAUAUGUUAGAAAUCAGAAAACAAAGUUUUUGAAAAAUCAGUCUGCUGUACUGAAAAUCAAGCUCAAACUAUUCACUUGCUGGGUGAUCAGUUACCACUGAUCUUUAACACUUACAACUUGUUUACAUUUAAAUUUUUAACCAAAUCAAUUCUGUACUAUCAGAAUAAUAUUUUUUAGUAUCUCAAUUAAUAAAUUUAAAACAAAGUAUUGUCCUUUUGUAUGUCGUGAUUGUAUAUUUAAGUUUUUAAAAACCAGAUGAGUUGGCUUCAGUGAUGUAGCCUGGGAGGUAAUGAGGAGUUUUAAUUUGCCAUUGCUUUUUUUUAGUUAUAAGUAAAGUUAAACAGAUUUUAGGCACCUUAUCGCAUUCCAUUAAUUUAUUCAGCCACGCCACUAGUUGGCUUAAUACAUAUUUUAUUAAAAUAUUAUUAAAUAUAAAAUAAUUUAAAAUUUUAUAAAUAUUUAGUAUACUAUAUCAACUAACUAUAGAAUUUUGUACUGCUAGUAUUUAUAUAGAUUUGUUUUAUUUUAAAAUGUUUAAAAUUACUUUAUGUGUUUUCUAGAUGUCUCCUGGAAGAGAUUGUUCAGAGUUGGACAUUGAAUUAACUGCUUCACAAUCACAAGACUGUGAACCAACACCACCGCUACAACGACAAGGAUCUAAAAACAAUUUCUAUUUGCCAUCUUAUGACACAACAGAUAGUACUAGGAUGACUUAUAUGACACGCACAGCUCCACAUCCAUCUAGACCUAGGUAAUUAAUUUAUCCCAGUGUAAUUAAGUAUAAAUAUUAGGCUGUUUUUGAUUUUUAACUUUUAUUUUUUUCGAAUUAAGCUUAAGAAAUUGCCUACUUGUGAUCUCAAACUUACCCAAAACAAAUGUUUAGAAUUUGCUCAUCUCAUAAUUAGUUUUUCCAUUUAAAUAACAUAGGAAAAUAACGAUAAUUUGAAUUAAAUCAUUUAUUCAUUAAGUUCGAAAGUUAAGAGGUUGUACAUAGUUUUUUCUUAAAGAUCACAAAAAAUACAAAUGUGAUUUGAUUGAAAGUAUCAUUACUUUCAUAUGUUAUUUAAAUUGAAAAACUAAAUAUGCAAAUAUAAUGAGCAAGUUAUAAAAUUUUGUUUUGAGUAAGUUUGAUACAAGUUAGUAAUAUCCAGUCUUAAUUAAAAAAAGAAAAAAACAUUAAAAAUCAAAACAACCUAAUAAAUUUAAUUUGUUAAAUGUAUGGUUUUUUAAUUAUUAUAUCACUCAAGAAUGGGAGAAAUGGGUAAUAGUUUAUCAAGAGAAACUAUUAUGGAUUCAAAUCGUCAACCCAAUAUUAUGAUGCAAAGUCCAACUAUGCAACAAAGAAUGAAAGCUAUUGGUGUACCUACGCCAUUGGCCUUGUCUAGUCCAUUAAGACGGUAAGUACCAUAGUAGAAAUUAGUUAAUUUAAAGUUAUUUUUGUGUUAUUUGUAUAACACAAAUUUUCUUUUAUGUACAUUAUAUAUAUAUAUAUAUAUAUUAAACAGUUGUAUUUUAUUUACAAUUUUUUAAAUUUUAUGAAGUUUUUAAACACUUUAACUAAUAAUUUAUCAUUAAUUAUAACUGAAUGUAAAUACAGUACAGUGGAUUCCGCUUAAUGCGGGCAUGUUAGGACACAUUAAGCGGUUGCACAUUUUAAUUGAAAUGCAUAUCAUUAUACAUUCGAAAUCGGAACUAGAGCAAUAUUCCCAUUUUAGGCGGGCAUCUGCAUUAACCAGUGGACAUAUUGAGUAGAAUCCACUGUAUUAAGUAUUUUUUAUUAUUUUUUAGAUCAAAUCCAGGUACUCCAACUCAAGUAAAACGACCAGAUUUUAUUAGUGUUGCUUCUUCUGUUAAACAUUAUGAAUAUCAAGAGCGCAGUCCCCAAAGAAGGUUUUUGUCUGAAGGGGACAUUCUACGAGACCACGAAAGGCCACCUUCUUACCCUCGUAUAAAUAAUACAGUAGACAAUAUUCAAGAGUUGGCUGGAUCUCCACAACGAGGUGUAUAUACUUGGAAAGACACUCCUGGUACAGCUGGAUCUUACUACGUAUCCAGACAAGCGCCUACUUUUAACUAUUGUGCAGCACAUAAUGAUUAUAGAUCUAAUCCUACUAGUCCAACUACAAAAAGUUAUUAUCCAGUUCGUGGAGGGGUUCCAGUAUAUCCACCUCAACCUUCACCUGUCGGUAAGAAAAAACCUCCACCUGUACAGACUAGAAGACCGAUGUCUUUUGCCAGGGCAUUGGACCAUGAUGCUAUGGAAAUGUCAAUUAAUAGGGGAAAUAGCACUGAUGGUGGAAGUCCUGAUCGAAAAAGUUCUUAUGAUAAAAAUUAUGAAAUAUCUGUUUAAAGAUGUAGCUUUCUUUUUAACUUUCCAUUUUUUAAAUGUAUAUUAUGGUAAAUUAUUAUCAUGUGCAUUCUGUAUAUUAAACUGAAAUUAACUGAUGUAAAUAAUUAUAUAUAUAUACAUAAAUUCUUUUUAAGAGUUAUCAAAAGCAUUUAUGUUACUUACAAAUGUGUGUGUUACAGGGUGUUGUAGGAUAUUAUGUUUAAUAUAGUAAAUAAUUAAAUUUGUUAGAAGUUUAGCCAUUUUGACUUUUAAAAACCUUAAAUAUUAUUCUCUAUGUAUGUUUUAACAAUGGAUCAAUUAAUUGUAAAAUCUAGUCAUAAUUUGUGAAAAAUUGCAUAAUAUAUCUUUAAUAUAUGUAUUAUUUUUUUUAUAUAUAAAACUAAAGCAUUUAAAGAAAUAUAUGUAUAGUGAUAAUAGUUAUAAAUUAUAAUAAAGAGAUACCUUGUUACUUUUAAUUUAUAUAUAUAUAUUAAAAAAAAAAAAAACAAAUUAUUAUGCAUAUUUGGAUACUUUAUUGAUAUACCAAUAUUAUUUAAUAAGUGUAUUUCUUUUUUUACAUCAUACAUAUUUCUAUAAGCACCCUGUACUGUUUUCAUAGUUAUUACUAAUGUUGUGAAAUUUGUUUAUACUUAAUUGAUUUCCUCAAAAUUUGUAUUUAAAAAAAAAAAAAAAGUAAUAUUAGAAAGUUUAUACACAAUCUGAUUUUUGAAUAAAGAAGUAUAAACAAACAUGCAUAUAAAUAAAUAAUUACCUAUAAAAAUAAUUGGUUAAUUAAAUUUAAUGUUAAUAUUUACAAAUCUCAAUUAACAGUUAACAUGACAUAUUUGUAUACAUUAUAUACAUUGACUCAAUUGUCAUGUUGAACUUCAGGCGGUGGAGCAUCAGGUUCAUUUCCCCAAUUAAAACCUCCAGGGCGAUAUUCCGGUGGUGGAACAUGUUCCUCUUCUGGUACUGGAUCGAGGAGAUGUUUUCUAGUUGGAAAAAAAAACAUUAAUACAUUAUGCCAAAAAAAUCUAAAUUGCUGAAAUAAGUUUAAACAUAUAGUUAUAAGAAUUGGUUGUGUAUUUUUGAUCAGUUUUUCUUUAGUACUGGAAAAAUGUAUUUAAAAAAAAUUGAUGUAAAAUCUAGGUUCUUUUGUAUUCAAUUCUGAAAUUAUUUUGCAGCUACUCCACUCUUUCUUAUUACAUGUCUUCCUUUUAUUUCCUUAUGAAAAUUGCAUUUCUGGUCUUUCAAUAUCUGUUGGCUGUACCCUUAAGCGAGGUCUACCUCUACAGUUUUUUCCUUUACUACCCUUUAAUAAUUAGUCCAAGGAACCCACCACAUUUUAAUUCAUGGUCAACCCAUUAAUUCUCCUUUU